GGCUCUCUGUCGGAUCCUCCGUGUUUUGGACCCUGGUCGGUGGUGAAAACACAAUGUGACGUGGCUAAAACUGUCUUUGACAAAACGAGUGAGAAAACCUCGCACAUUGAACUGUUUACAAGGCGUUUAAGAAACAGAAGUGCAAACCGAAAUAAAGAAGAUAAACCUGUCUGGUUGUGGUUGGUUUUGGGAAGGAAGCUGUCAGCAGACUGAGGUGACGUGAACUGCUAAGUUAGCAUCAAGACGUUGACAGUAGGAAAAAGGAAUGUGCUGAGGCAUCGAGAUGUCAAACAGUGAAGCAACAGCGGCAGAGGGUCCAGAGGUGGCACCAGAGAUUCAGGAUGCCUCUCCUGCCGAAACGCCCGACAGCUCCCCGCAGACCGCACCUGACAUCUCGACCGAUGUGGCCCCGACAAGGAAAGCCAGGAGGAGACCAGAAGCCAAACCUGCAGCCGAAGAGGCGGAGAUGCUGAAAGUAGAGGAGCAGCCGGCAAAGACAUCCAGUGAGUCCACUGUGUCUCAGGGUGGUUGGGGAUACUGGGGCAGCUGGGGCAAAUCCAUCUUAUCCACAGCAACAGCUACUGUGUCUACUGUUGGCCAAGGGCUCACUCAGGUAAUAGAGAAGGCAGAGACAUCUUUGGGAAUCCCCAGUCCGACCGAACUCUCUGCACAAGUUCAGGAGGAGCAGAAAGAGCAGGCUGAUGCCAGCAGUGAGACGGACAAAGCAGCAGCUGAUGGAUCGGCAGUGGUGGGCAGUGCGAUGGGAAUGCUGUCGUCACUCACCAGCGUCGUCCAGAGCACAGGGAAAACAGUGAUAACGGGCGGUUUGGAUGCUCUGGAGUUCAUCGGGAAGAAGACGAUGGACGUGAUAGCAGAAGGCGAUCCCGGCUUUAAGAAGACCAAAGGACUGAUUAACAGGAACUCCACUCUGUCUCAGGUGUUGAGGGAAGCAAAGGAGCGGGAGGAGCUGCAGACAGCAGAGAAAGAGUGGUCAGAAUCUGGGAAGAAGGUGGUCGCCCACUAUGGGAUGCUGUUUGAUGAAUUUCAGGGUCUGUCACACCUCGAGGCACUGGAGAUGCUGGCUCGAGAUAGCGAGUCUAAGGUGAAGUCGGUGCUGACCACUCUGUCAGGAGAUGAGCUGGUUCAGCUCAGAGAAGAGCUGGAUCUCAUCAAGGACUCUUUCUCCCUGGUGGAGUUUGAUGAUGAGGAAGUGGACGAGAAGAAAGAUGAAGACGGCACAGAGUUUGAGAGGGAGUUAACGGAGGCCUUGGAGGGUCUCAGUGUCGCUGCAACAGCUGAAAAACUCAGCAAGGCCUGUAGGAGCACCUGCAGCCAAAUCACUGACAUCACCAAACCACCAGAGAAGGAGGAGAGCGAGGAGGUAAAGAAAACACUCUCUGUAGAGGAGAUUCAUGCUGCAGCCAUCAGAAGUCUUGCGGAGCUAACGGCUCGAUCCAUCGAGCUUUUCCACAAACUGGCUGAGAUGAUCCUCUUCUCCAACGGCAGAACAGAGGCCAGCGUUCUGUCACAGUUAACUGUUGUCCUGUGUAAAGAAAUCUCAUUGCUUUCCAAGAAGUUCACCUGCUGCUUAACAACCGCAGGGUCAAAUGAGAAGGGAGACGUCCUCAACCCUCUGAUAACAGGAGUCUUUUUAGAGGCGUCCAACAGCGCGUCUUACAUCCAGGAUGCUUUCCAGCUGCUCAUGCCCAUACUGGAGAUCUCCCACAUUCAGAGGAGAGCGGAGUCCACAGAGCAGUGACCAGCUGAUGACACAUCUUUAAAACCUUUUUGAAAAUUCACCUGUGUCAGCUCUUACCAUGUCUGGUAUUUCAUCUCAGGACACAAUCAAUUUACAGCUGCGAGGGAAAAGCCUGUUUUUGUCCAACAGUGUUAACUUUUUUGCAUUUGUGAAAUGUGAAGCACAGUAGAUGGACUCAUUGAAGUACAGCGUGGCGAAGGUCUGGCUCUACCAGAUAAGGACAACAAAUGUGUUUGUGAUAAACAUCCUCCUUAUAGUUCAACAUGUACACUACUUUUCUUUUUUUCUGACAGCACUUUCUGUGCUCUUAACUUAAAAAUGUCUAUUCUGCCUCGGAGAUCACUUAAUAAAGACAUACAGGAUGGAAACACCAGUGAUCAUUUGUUGAAAAAGGUGUGGCUCAUAAUAACAGUAUAGUGUAUUGAGAAUGUUAUUUUCUGCACAGAAGUUUGUCAAGAAUUAGUUUUCUAUGCAUUACUCUCUAUAACUGUUGUGCAACAUUUGGCAGUUCUUGGGAGCAUUUGGGGGACUUUUGGCAACCUUGGUAUCAUCGUAAAAUCAUGAGCAGACUGGCUGUAAUUAGUCUACAGUCCUGCAAAUAUAAUGAUACCUGUUUGUAGAGGGGAGAUGGUUUAUUGCCAUGCUUGCAAGUGAGCUUUGGUGCUUUGUUUUGCCACAAACUGAGUAGACUCACUUGCUGUGUACAACAAUACCGGCUUAAAUAAGUAUUUUCUGUCCCCUGCAAAUACUAGCCAUCCUCACAUGUUCAAACCACUUCCUGUCUGGCUUUUUUUCUCUUCAGCCAACCCAAGAACUUAAUUUAAGACUUUGACUGGAGUUGGAUUUGAAGUAAAAAAACAACUUAUGGGUUUACUGCAGUGAGACGUGACUUGAUGCUUUAAAGCAAAAACAAUUCAGGUUUCAAGUUUUGACCUGGUAGAAUCAUAAAACAUUAAAAAAAUAAAUUAGACUGUAACAAGCAGGACUUGUGUAGCUUGUAUAUUUAAUAAUUAAGCCUCUGCAUUGAGAGGACUGGACCUGUCCUAAAACACUUUACACUUUAACACAUUUACUUUCAGAGUUAAUUGACUGUCAUACCCUAUCUGCCAAAAGAUACAUGUCCCCCAGCCUGCUCCUUCAUUAACCUCCAUCCCCUAAAAGAUCUGGGAACUUGAAAGAAAUCCUCUUUUGCACUGCUUUUCUAAUCAAGUAAAUAAAAUGCAAUCCUUCAUCUUUCCCAAUCCCUGAUCUGACGAACAGACAGGUCUGUUUUCUAUUUAUUCCCCACUCUUGUAAAAUGCCAGUGCCCUGUUAGAGAAAUUAAAUAUAGAGAUUAUAAAUGUCACCAAUUGUAAGCCUUUUCUCCCCCUUUAUUGUCAUCAAAUUAAGUAUUCAUGAAACUCAAACCUUCAGGUGUUCAUUAAUCAACAAAGAACUUUGCCUGGCAGGCCAAUGUAGCCAGUUAUGUUCAGUUGAAAUCCAUUUUCUGUAUUGAACUGCUAUCAGCGGUGUGUCUGGGCGUGUAAAGUGAUGUUUUUUCAAGCAAUAUAUUUUGUACUCCUAUAAGAGGUAUUUGAGAUGGUUUUCAAAUAAAUGUGCUUUCAUAUAGUUCCAA